UGUCUAGGAAAGGGGAUAAGAGUGAAGUGAGGGAAAGAACAACUAUCCAAGAAAAGCCGUGUAAAGUUUUGUUUUUUGCGGAUUUUCUUGAAUAAAAAGUGAACAAUUAGUGGAAUUAUCGUUAAGUGUCCUGUGUGAUGGCUUCCGACGAAGAAGUCGAGGACUCUUACGCCGGGGAAGAAGAGGCACAGGAGGAAGCCGCAGGAGACCCCGUCGAAAACGAGCCGGAGUCCGACGAAGCUCCAAUCAAACAUGGAAAAUUACAGGACGAGGAUGAUGAUUAUGAGCCGGAAGAUGCACGAAAGAAGAAGAAAGGAAAGAAGAGAAAAGCAAGAGGCGAGGAGAAGAAAGGAAAGAAGAAAAAGAAAAAACGAAGAAAUGACAGCGGAGACGAGAGCGAUUUCCUCUUGGAUGAAGAUAACGGGGCCGGCGACUCGGACUACGCCACUAGUAAAAAGGGUCGUAAAUCUCGGAGUUCGACUAAACACCCAUCAACGCCUUCAACUCCAGCGGAGAACACUUCAACCGGAAGUGGAAUGCCCACAAUUGAAGAAGUGUGUUCGACUUUCGGCCUAACCGACGUCGAGCUUGAGUACACAGAAUCCGAUUUCCAGAAUCUCACGACUUACAAACUUUUUCAACAACAUGUGCGCCCUUUGCUCACUAAAGAAAAUCCAAAGGUUCCUAUGUCGAAACUGAUGAUGUUAGUUGCGGCAAAGUGGCGAGAAUUUUCAAAUAUCAAUCCUAAUUUGCAAUCAGAAAACAAUGAUGCGAAUGUUGGGUCUUCGGCCGAAUCUGAUUCGUAUCCAAAACCUGGAAGACCUAGAAAGGAAAAGCCGGAAUCGGAGGCGUUUGACGAGGAUGAUGAAGAUGAUGACGAUGAUGAUGGGAAAAAUAGGAAGAAGAGGAGUGGGAGAGGAAAGAAAUCCUCGAAGAAGGCGUCCAAGGUGCCUACGUUGAAGAUUAAGUUGGGCAAGAGGAAACGGGGAAGUUCGGAAGAAGAAGGCGAUGGUAGCGGCGCCGGUUCUGAUCGCGACUCCGAUGCCGAAUUCGAGCAGAUGUUACAAGAAGCCGARGAACGUAAAGCCAAUGCUGCCGCAGCCGCCGCACCCGCAGCCGGGGAAGAGGCCGGUCCUUCUGAAAACGUGGAUGACGGUCCACCACAACCCCGUCGAAAGGCUAAAACGAAAUUCGGUAACAAAGCUAAAAAGAAGAAAGGCAAGAAAGCCGGCGGCAAACCUGAAGAAGAACACUACGAGCAUCAAGAUUACUGCGAGGUUUGCCAACAAGGGGGCGAAAUUAUCCUUUGUGACACCUGUCCGAGAGCGUACCAUUUGGUGUGUCUUGAUCCAGAACUUGAGGAUACUCCUGAGGGAAAAUGGAGUUGUCCUCAUUGCGAAAACGAGGGUCCUGCUGAGCAGGACGAUGAUGAGCAUCAYGAGUUUUGCAGGAUUUGUAAAGAUGGCGGAGAGUUACUGUGCUGUGAUUCGUGUCCUUCGGCCUAUCAUACGCAUUGUUUGAAUCCGCCAUUGGUGGAGAUUCCUGAUGGUGAUUGGAAAUGUCCCAGGUGUAGUUGUGCACCUUUGAAGGGUAAAAUUGCGAAGUUGUUUACCUGGAGGUGGGUUGAGGACCAAAAUUCAAAUGGAAACGAAGCUGACAAGGACCAAAACGGAAAAAAUAAAAAACGGAAGCGGCAUCGCGAGUUUUUUGUCAAAUGGAUGGAUUACUCUCAUUGGCAUUGCAGUUGGGUCUCAGAGCUUCAAAUCGAAGUGAACCAUCCGUUAUUGUAUCGAAAUUUCGUCCGAAAAUAUGACAUGGAGGAACCUCCAAAACUAGAGGAAAGUUUGGAUGAAAUGGACCAACGUUCAAAACGCCUACUAAGUCUAGGAUGUGACUAUAAAGAUGCUGAGCUCGAGGAGCGAUUUUACCGAUACGGUAUUAAACCCGAAUGGUUGGUGGUGCACCGCAUCAUCAAUCAUCGCCAGAUGAGAGACGGUCGUACCCUCUAUUUYGUCAAAUGGAGAGAAUUAUCGUACGAUCAAGCCACUUGGGAGGAAGAAAACGAUGAAAUUGUAGGCUUYAAACAAGCCAUCGAGUAUUACAUGGAUUUGCGAGCGGCGUGUACCCAACAAAACGUCGGAAGUAAGGGUAAAGGGAAAAAAGGGAAGAAAUCGAAAACAAGGGAGUUGAUGGAUGACGAAGAUCGAACCACUGCACGUCGCUAUACACCGCCUCCAGAAAAACCAAUUACCGAUUUGAAGAAAAAACUCGAUAAACAACCGAAUUACUUGGAUGAAAGCGGCAUGCAAUUGCACAAUUACCAACUUGAAGGUCUCAAUUGGUUGAGAUAUUCCUGGGGUCAAGGUAUUGAUACCAUUUUGGCCGAUGAGAUGGGUUUGGGUAAAACCAUCCAAACCAUCACUUUCUUGUAUUCUUUGUACAAGGAAGGACACUGCAAGGGACCGUUUUUGGUUAGUGUACCCUUGUCGACCAUCAUUAAUUGGGAGAGAGAAUUUGAAACGUGGGCUCCCGAUUUUUAUGUUAUCACAUAUGUCGGCGAUAAAGACUCUCGAGCGGUCAUCCGUGAAAACGAAUUCAGCUUUGAAGAAAACGUAAGCAAAAGCGGUCGAAUAUCCCGCGUAAAAGCCAGUUCGAUAAAAUUCAACGUUUUACUCACAAGUUACGAAUUGAUUUCAAUCGAUGCGACUUGUCUUGGCUCAAUCGAAUGGGCUGUACUUGUCGUCGACGAGGCCCACAGAUUAAAAAGCAACCAAUCAAAAUUUUUCCGACUAUUAAAUAGCUACAAUAUCCAAUACAAACUUCUCCUUACUGGAACACCACUCCAAAAUAAUCUCGAAGAGUUAUUCCAUUUGCUAAACUUCCUCAACAGUCAGAAAUUCAACGAUCUCGCUACUUUCCAAAACGAAUUCGCCGAUAUUUCGAAAGAAGAACAAGUAAAAAAAUUACAUGAACUUUUAGGACCUCAUAUGUUGCGUCGUUUGAAAGCCGACGUCUUGAAGAAUAUGCCGUCAAAGUCCGAAUUUAUCGUUCGUGUUGAAUUAUCGCCAAUGCAAAAGAAGUACUACAAGUAUAUUUUGACUCGUAAUUACGAAGCUUUGAAUCCGAAAGGGGGCGGCCAAUCUGUCUCCCUCCUAAACAUUAUGAUGGAUUUGAAAAAAUGUUGUAAUCACCCUUAUUUGUUCCCCGUCGCUGCAGAAGAGGCCCCUAUUGGUCCAAAUGGCGGCUACGAUAUUCAAAGUUUGAUUAAAGCUUCCGGAAAGUUGGUUUUGUUGGCAAAAAUGUUGCGAAUUUUGCGCGAACAAGGCCAUCGUGUUUUGAUUUUCUCACAGAUGACGAAAAUGUUGGACAUUUUGGAAGACUUUCUUGAAGGUGAAGGUUACAAAUACGAGCGUAUAGAUGGCGCAAUCACUGGAAGUUCCCGACAGGAAGCUAUUGACCGUUUCAACGCCCCCGGUGCCCAACAAUUCGUAUUUUUGCUCUCAACUCGAGCGGGCGGUUUGGGUAUUAAUUUAGCUACGGCCGAUACUGUUAUCAUUUAUGAUUCGGAUUGGAACCCACACAAUGACAUUCAAGCCUUUUCACGCGCCCAUCGUAUCGGCCAAGCGAAUAAAGUGAUGAUUUAUCGAUUUGUGACCAGGAAUAGUGUCGAAGAGAGGGUCACACAAGUCGCAAAGAGGAAAAUGAUGUUGACUCACUUGGUCGUAAGACCGGGAAUGGGGGGCAAAGGUGCGAAUUUCACCAAACAAGAAUUGGACGAUAUCCUUCGGUUUGGUACGGAAGAAUUGUUCAAAGAGGAUGAAGGGAAAGAAGAUGAAGCAAUUCAUUAUGACGAUAAAGCAGUUAACGAAUUACUAGAUCGUACUAAGGAGGGUAUCGAGCAGAAGGAAAAUUGGGCGAAUGAGUAUUUGAGUUCAUUCAAAGUUGCUAGCUACGUAACAAAAGAAGGUGACAAUGAAGAAGAACUCGAUACUGAGAUUAUUAAACAAGAGGCGGAAAAUACAGAUCCGGCUUAUUGGAUUAAGCUAUUACGUCACCACUACGAACAACAACAGGAAGAUAUCGCUCGUACAUUGGGUAAAGGCAAACGUGUCCGAAAACAAGUUAACUACAAUGAUGGCGGCAUGACAACUGACACACGUGAAGAUUCUACGUGGCAGGAGAAUCUUUCUGAUUAUAAUUCAGACUUUUCGGCCGGGUCUGAUGAAGAUAAAGAAGAUGAUGAUUUUGAUGAGAAGAAUGAAGGUGACCUCAAUCGUCGUAGUAGAAGACGAAUGGAACGUAAAGAUGAACGUGAUAGACCAUUACCGCCGCUUCUUGCCCGCGUUGGAGGCAAUAUUGAGGUUCUUGGGUUUAAUGCCCGCCAACGAAAGGCAUUCCUUAACGCUAUCAUGCGAUACGGUAUGCCUCCACAAGACGCCUUCAAUUCGCAAUGGCUGGUCAGAGAUUUGCGUGGCAAAUCUGAGAAGAAUUUCAAAGCUUAUGUAUCACUAUUUAUGCGACAURUGUGUGAACCUGGGGCUGAUAAUGCUGAUACUUUUGCUGAUGGAGUUCCAAGAGAAGGUUUGAGUAGACAGCAUGUCUUGACCAGAAUUGGUGUAAUGUCUUUGAUACGUAAGAAAGUGCAGGAYUUUGAGCAUAUUAAUGGGGAAUAUAGCAUGCCGGAAGUUAUCAAAAAGACGAUAAUGGAUCAGAAUAAGUCGAAUGAAGCAGAAACACCCAAAAGUGCUACUACUAGUACUAGUGCUACACCAGCGACUAGUGCAGCUGCUAGUCCGGCACCGGUUAAGGAUGAAGCAGAGAAAGGAAAGGAAGAAAGUGAUGAGAAGGAGAAAGAAGUGAAAACCGACGGUGAGGAGAAAGAAAAAGAGAAGGAGAGUACGCCUGAAGAACCGGCGAAAGAGAAAGAGAGCGAGUCAGUAAAGACGGCUGAGACUAGUGAAACUGAACAAAAUCCGGAGGCUAAGACUGAAGAAAUUAAAUCGGAAACGGUUGAAAAGCAAGAAGAAUCCGGGGAGAAGGAAGAAAGUGAAGCUGCAAGUAAGGAACCAACGAAAGAAGAUGAAGAAGUGAAAGAAGUUAAAGUUGAAGAGGGUGAGAAAAAAGAUGACAAGCCGAAACCGGCUGAAAAGAAAGAAGAGGAAGCUGUAGAAACCCCAGAGGAUAAAGAUAAAGAUAAGGAGAAAGAAAAACCGAAAGAGAAGAAGGAGAAAGAUGGUAACGAUGUCGACGAUGCGAAGAAACGUUUUAUGUUUAACAUCGCCGAUGGUGGUUUUACUGAACUUCACACUUUAUGGCUGAAUGAGGAAAAAGCCGCUACUCCAGGUCGUGAAUAUGAAAUCUGGCACCGCCGUCACGACUACUGGCUCCUCUCUGGCAUAGUAACCCACGGUUACGGCCGCUGGCAAGAUAUCCAAGCUGACGCCCGUUUCGCCGUCAUCAAUGAACCCUUCAAAAUGGACGUGGGUAAAGGUAACUUCCUCGAAAUUAAAAACAAAUUCCUUGCGCGUCGAUUCAAGCUUCUGGAACAAGCGUUAGUGAUUGAGGAGCAGUUGAGACGAGCUGCGUAUUUGAAUCUGACUCAGGAUCCGAAUCAUCCGGCCAUGUCAUUGAAUGCGAGAUUCGCUGAAGUUGAGUGUUUGGCUGAAUCGCAUCAGCAUUUGAGCAAAGAGAGUUUGGCAGGAAAUAAGCCGGCUAACGCCGUUUUGCACAAAGUCUUGAAUCAGUUGGAGGAGUUGUUGAGUGAUAUGAAGUCGGACGUGUCGAGGUUGCCGGCCACUUUGGCUAGGAUUCCGCCGGUUGCACAGAGGUUGCAGAUGUCCGAGAGGAGUAUUCUGUCCAGGUUGGCGGCCACGUCGUCGAGUAAUAGCCAAACAACAGCACAAGUGAUGAGUCAAUUCCCGCCCGGUUUCAAUGCGGGUAAUCUGCCUGGAUUUGCGGCGGCGGCGGCGAACUUUGCCAACUUUAGACCCCAAUAUUCAGUGCCCGGGCAACCACCAGCGGGUUUCCCAUCGUAAAAACGAUGAAACUGUUUUUCAGUGUAUUAUUUUGCUCAGAAGAAGCUCCAAAAUGUCUGGCUGUUGGUGUUUUUUGAUUAGUGAAUUAAUUAGCGUCAAAAUUGCAUUUAAUUUAUUUUUUAAACAGUCUGUGUCCCCAUUUGUUUUAAUUUUUUUUAGCAUAUGGAGUAAACGAUUCUACAAAAAAGUAUUUUCAAUUUUAAAAUAUUUAUUUUAUUGUUAAAACGAAUUGUUUAGGUUAUGUGCUUAUUAAGCUGCGGAAUGAGGACACAGGGUGAAACUGAUUUGUGUAUCUUCAGUAGUUUUUAGCAAUAGGAUAUAAAAAUGUCCACUUUUUGUGAAGUGGGGUAGGAUUUUUUAACUGGUAUGUUUAUUCUCCAGCAUUCCUUAAGUAAGCAAAAUAGUAAACACAAUU